AUGAUACGGGCAGGUUCAGUUGGUAGAAAGCGUACAUGUGAGCCCGAGGACUGGGAUGAGAAGGGACGCACCAUGAUCUCUCACAUAUACGUUUCUUUUGAUAGCAUCAUUAGAUCUAUUCAGUUUGGCUACACGGAGAUUAACGAAGGUCUUACCUUGUCUAAACAGUAUGGUCCCUCUGAAGGAUACAGCUUUCGAGUUGUAAGUUUUGUGUCCGAUGAGUAUGUGACUGGAUUAAGUGGAUCACUAGGAUAUCAUGGAGGAAUCGCAAAUUUGAUAUUUCACACAAACCGUGGGAAGCACGGACCGUUUGCGAAUGAUGACAAUGCACCUCCUCCCAAGAUAGAAAUUGAUCCGUCAAUACGCGAUCGACGUGAAUUUGGUGGUUUCUUUGGUUCUUACACUUUUGGCGGUAUUACAUCGAUUGGUAUUUACGUGAAUCCCAUUCCAAGUUCUCAUGGGAGUGGCGUGGACCAUUUUUUCGAUGGGUUUUUCGACGGAGACGUCUAUCGGAAAGACCGGAAUUUGGAUACGAUGUAA